AUGAGGAUCCUUUACCUGCUCUUUGCUGUUCUCGUCUUCCUCUUCCAGGCUACUCCAGGUGUUGCCGAUGUGGGUCCUCCUCCUGCUGACACUCUGGCGUGUAAAGCCCAAGGAGGUUUCUGCCGGUUGCUGAACUGUCCCCCAGUCUUUUCUGUCUCAGGAACUUGCCAUGGUGGACAGCUGCAAUGCUGUACAAGGUAA